AUGUGGCAGAUAUAUGAUAUCGCGAAAGUUAUACCAUAUCCUGAUUAUGAACCACCUUCUAAGUAUGAUGAUAUCGCGUUACUGGAGACCACGUCUAGAAUAAGAUACAACGCGGAAGUAGCCCCAGCAUGCCUGCAUAAGAGUCAUGACAUACCUGACAUCGCCGCGGCCGCCGGCUGGGUAGACCUCGCCAAUAAGCAACCCGUGCCUGAACACUUGCAAAUCGUGUAUAUGACAAAGUUCUCCGACGAGGAAUGCAGAAGACAGUUCCCACGACAUGAAUAUCAUCUUCAGAAGGGCUAUGACAACGUCACUCAAGCUUGCUACGCGGAUAUUUAUAAUUUUGGAGAUACUUGUGAGGGUGAAAGUGGCGGGCCUCUUCAAGUAAAGACGGAGAACUCCAAGAAGUCAGUUUGUGAACACACUAUAUUUGGCAUCACGUCCUUCGGGAAGACUUGUGGAGCUGGCGUACCAGGGAUGUAUACCAGGGUCUCACAUUACGUGCCCUGGAUCGAGAGCCAUACUAGGAGGCUUCCUUGA